AAGCAUUUUUCGACCAAAUAACAAGCACAACUGAAUUCUUCCGUUAGCUCCAAUCUUAGUGGUUUUGAAAAAAAAAAAUAAUUAGACAUUAAAUCCACAAAAUCACCCAAUGAAAAACACAAUUUAUUGACAGGCACAGGCGCCUACUCUCCCCCUUGCGCUGAUUUGGAGGGUGAAGACAACCGGUCUUCGUCUCCUGCAAGACUCCCCCGCCGCCACGUCGAUGCGAUGGUCAUCUCCAGCAUGCUUCCAGAGGCUACCGUUGCCAUUGCCGUCUGCUCCGGGGGCCGGAGCCGCCGUGCCGUACGUUGGGCCGCUAGAAAGCUAAACCCCCAUGCCUGCCGCGUCCUUCUUCUCCACGUUAUCCCCUCGGUUUCCUUCAUUCCUUCUCCCUCGGGGCGGAGUAUACCGGUUAAGGAGCUAGAGAAGGGAGUGGUGGAUUUGUAUGUUGAGGAUGUGAAGGCGAAGGCUGGGGAGGUUUUCAUGCCUUUUCGGAAGCUUUGUAAUUCGAAAAAUGUUGAGAGUUUAGUUUUGGAUGGGAAGAGCACAGCGGAUGUUAUCUUGAAGUAUAUGUGUGAUUCAGGAAUUAAAAACUUGGUCUUGGGUUCAUCCUCGAUCGGAUGGAUCAGAAGGAUGUUGAAGGGUCCAGAUGUUCCAGCUCGAGUUCUAAAAUCAGCUCCUACCUCAUUCAACAUUUUCGUUGUUUCACGAUGCAAACUUACUUUGAAAUUUGCUGAUCAGUUAUUUACUGAUGGAACAACUUUCAGUAUCGAGCCUAUAAUGAUUAGUCGAAAGGCAUUUAGUCGAGCAGAAGGGAACCAUAUAUCGAAAAAACAGUCUUCUUCGACGAGUUCAGAAAUCCAUGAUUUUUUGAUAGCACCAUCAGAUAUGGAUACUAAUUCUGAUAUUAGUGGAAAAUUUGAAAGGUCUGUAUCAUUAUCUUCUGUGGGAGUCCAAGAAGAAAGCAGUUUGGAUGGAAGGAAUACACAGGUUAACAAGUCUGAGGGAUGUGAGGGAUCAGAUACUUCUACAAAAGACAUCCUAUUUGUGAACAUUCCCACUGCAGAUAAUGUGCAACAUCAGGCUCCAACUGAAAUUAUUAGGAUGAAGCCUGAAUUGAAGAAGGCUUUUUCAUUGUAUAAACAGACCUGUGAAGAUCUAAUCCAUGCAAAGAAGAAGAUUCAACUACAGACAGCCGAAAGCUCUACAGAACAGAUGAGCGUGAACGGCACAGAAGAAGCGCGGGCUAACCACUUAGAAACUAUCAAAGAAGUUGAAGAAACAAGACAACUUUUUGCUCUAGAGAACCUUAAAAUUCCUAAAGCAGAAAAAUUAGCAAAGACAUUUUCUUUUGUGAAAUCAAGUACACUAGAUGACCUUUUCUUCAGCAAUAAAAGAUUUAGGAGAUACUCCAGGCAAGAAAUAGAAGCUGCAACAGAUAACUUCUCGGAUGCUAGGAAGAUAGGUGAGGGUGCUUAUGGAUGCGUUUACACGUGCAACAUUGAUCACAUACCUGUAGCUGUCAAAGUAGUUUGGCACGAUGCAUCGGAUAGGAAGGAAGAGUUCCUUAGAGAGGUUGAAGUACUCAGUAAAUUACAUCACCCCCACAUGGUUUCAUUACUGGGAGUCUGCCCUGAAAGUGGUUGUCUUGUUUAUGAAUACAUGGAGAAUGGAAGCUUAGAGGAUCAGUUAUUUAACAGGAAGGAUUCCCCUCCGCUCCCAUGGUUUAUCCGCUUCCGAAUCAUAUUCGAAGUGGCAUGCGGACUCGCCUUUUUGCACGGAAAUAAACCUGAUCCUAUUGUGCAUCGUGACUUGAAACCGGGCAACAUUUUGUUAGAUAAGAACUACGUGAGCAAGAUCGGAGAUGUGGGGCUUGCAAAACUCAUCUCCAAUCUUGUUCCAGAUAGUAUAACGGAAUAUAAGGAAACUGUUCUCGCCGGUACAUGGUAUUACAUGGACCCCGAAUACCAAAGGACUGGCACGGUUCGACCCAAAUCCGAUCUAUUCGCAUUAGGACUCAUUGCUCUUCAAUUGCUUACUGGCAAGCAUGUAAGGGGCCUUAUAAUACUUGUCCAGAAUUCCAUUGAAGAUGGUACUUUUUCUGAUAUACUUGACAAAUCAGUGUCUGAUUGGCCUCUUAUAGAGGCUUUAGAAUUAGCAAAAAUUGCAUUGAAAUGUUCAAGGCUUAGAUGCAGAGAUAGGCCAGAUCUAGAGUCUGAAGUAUUGCCACAACUUCAAGAGUUGUUGAACAUGGCAAAUGUAUGUUUGAAGUUGAAACAAUACAAUGUCUGUGCUCCAAGCCAUUAUCUCUGUCCAAUUCUACAGGAAGUAAUGGAUGACCCUUAUAUUGCCCCUGAUGGAUAUACAUAUGAGCUCAGAGCAAUCAAAGCAUGGCUUGAUAGACAUAAAGUCUCACCCAUAACAAGACUCGAGCUUACACACACAGAUAUAAUCCCCAACCAUGCGUUGCGUGUAGCAAUACAAGAAUGGAAGUCUCGUGUGUCGUUUUCGAUGUAAUGAGAUGAAUGUUUCAUUCAAGUGAAAGUGCGCUCGUGCAAGACUUAUAUGGUUAAUGUAGCAUUUUGUAAAGGGAUGAUGUAGAUAGCUUUAUCGCCAACUUAUAGAGAUUAUUUUCAUAAUUUGAAUGGGUGACCUUCAAAUCAUAUUGGAGGCAGUCUCAAUGUUAUUGUAGAUAAAUAAUCCAGUUGACGUGGAGGUAAGCGUAAAAAACAAUGCAGAAGUUCUAUUUAAGUAUAGGAAUAGAUCUCAGUUAGUGUUGUAGGGCUUGUUAUCUAUGUGUAGAGAUGAAUGCAGACAACUUUAGUAUAUGAUAUAUGAAUCAUGAAUACAAUAAUCGUCUUGCUA